UCGUGCGCGUUAGAGAUUAACAGAUUACCGCCUCGUCGUUUCUGUGGCAUUGGACAGUCGCUUUCUCCGGGGGAAAGGAGCCACCAGUCUCCUGAGUCCGGUUCAUUUACAAAGGCGUUAGGACCAAACUCUGACCUGCGGGCCCUGACCAGAGGGGAAGGGAACUAGUAGGUGCCACGGAGGGUCGGAGGUCCGACCGCACCACCGCCGCUACAACGGAGCAUCUAUCGAAGGGAACCUGCGCCUUCUAACGGACCUACCAUGGAGAGCUAAAGGGGUCCUCGGCCACGUGGUCCUGUGAAACUAAAACUUUGAGCCACGGAAUGAAGUCGAGAUAACGUUUGGUUCGGAAGUCUGUUUGUCUGGGCGGGAAACUGCUGAAGGAAUAAAACGAGUUUUAAACCGUUGGGGCGUGACGUCAUUUGUCAGGAUGGCGGAAGAGUACGAGCAGAGUGGCGCGUCUGAGCUGAUCAGAGACCGUCUGUACUUCGCUACUCUUCUUGUGAAACCCAAGAACACGAGCAGGACUCACUACUUCAGUACAGACGAAGAGUUUGUCUAUGAAAGUUUCUAUGGCGACUUCGGUCCCCUGAACCUAGCCAUGCUGUACAGGUACUGCUGCAAGCUAACACAGAAGCUCAAGUGCCACUCGACGGCAAAGAAGACCCUGGUCCACUACACGGGCUGUGAGCAGAGGAAGAGGGCCAACGCCGCCGUGUUGAUCGGUGCCUACGCUGUGAUCUAUCUGAAGAGGAGUCCAGAAGAGGUUUACAGAAGUCUGACAUCCAACAGCCAACCCUACCUCCCCUUCAGGGAUGCAGCGUUAGGAGAGCAGCGUUACAACUUGACCAUUCUAGACUGUCUGAAAGGAUACAGCAAGGCGCUGCAGUUCGGCUUCCUUGACUUUGACCACUUUGAUGUGGAGGAAUACGAACAUUAUGAGCGUGUGGAGAACGGAGACCUGAACUGGAUCCUCCCGGGGAAGAUCUUGGCCUUCAGCGGACCGCACCCCCGCAGCAAGAUAGAGAACGGCUACCCGCUGCACGCCCCGGAGGCCUACCUGCAGUACUUCCGGCAGCACCGUGUGACCGAUGUGGUGCGCCUCAACAGGAAGCUCUACGACGGCCGGCGCUUCGAGGAGGCGGGGCUUCAGCACCACGACCUCUACUUUCUGGAUGGGACCACGCCCUCGGACAUCAUCACCAGGCGCUUCCUGCACAUCUGCGAGUCGGCGGAGGGAGCGGUCGCCGUGCACUGCAAGGCCGGCCUGGGCCGUACGGGCACUCUGAUUGGCUGCUACCUGAUAAAGCACUACCGCUUCACGGCGGGGGAAACCCUGGGCUGGAUCCGGACCUGCAGGCCCGGCUCAGUGAUCGGCCCGCAGCAGAGCUACCUGGAGGAGAAGCAGAGCAGCAUGUGGGUUCAGGGCGACGUCCAUCACUCCAAGCAGAAGGCUCUCCAACAGCGACUCCAUCGUCGACGGCAACUACAACUACAACCACAGAGCCCCGCCCCCUCUCCCUCCAGUCAGGAGGUAGUGUCCCGCCUCCUCUCCAGCAUGGACCACCUUUCAGUCAAACCCACCCUCUGCAAGUCCUACUCCCUGGACGAGGAUGAGUGCAGGGAGGCGGGUCGAACUCAGGGAGACAGACUGAGAGCACUGAAGAGCCAGCGCACAGCAAGGUCAAUCUUCUCCCCCCCCGCCCACGGCUCCCUGCCGCCCCCCCCCAGGGCCUCCAGAGCCCCGCCCCUCUCCUCCCCCAACAGGCUGGUCCGAAGCCUCUCUGCCUCCUCCUCUCCUCUCAAGAGCCUGUUCACCUAGCCGCCCGCUUUGAUCCACUGUCGUCGUGGCGACGGCACCCUGAUCCACCUCACCUGCCCUGCAGGUGUCUGCCCAAGAUGUGGGAGGAGCCUGCAGUGGCCACACCCCUUCCACUCCUCAACUGCAGCUGCACUUUAUUUACUGUUGCUAUGCCGAUGUUUUAAGCACCAAAAGUUUGCACCCCCAUUGCAUCCGCAGUGUUUAACUACUCAUACUCACUGUGUCAUACUGACUAUCUAAUACCAUCAAAGACCUAUAUCUAUCACUAUAUGUUCUCUUAUUAUAAAUAUCUGUUAUAUAUAUAGUCAGGGUGCGAUUUGUCAAAACAACAGAGGGAGGGAUGUUAUUUUUUUGUUUCUUUAUCGUUCAAAAAUAAGCCAUCAACAGCCCUAAUUUUUUUUUGUUGAAAUUUCAAUUUCAACAAAUCGCAACCAGUAUAUAGUGGAAAACUACCAUCAAAGACCUAUAAUUAUCCGUCUGUUGUAUGUAUUGAUCAUAGUGGUAAACUACCAUCAUAGACCUAUACUUAUCACUAUCUUUUACCUGUUAUGUAUUGAUCAUCAAUGGCGAUAGCGGUCGGCACGAUUUUCAAACAUGGAGUCUAACUCCAUCAUAGUGGACACCUCUGAACACGAGGAUUUCUUUACAUUAACAUUCAGAGCGUUUAACAGACACUCUUAUCCAAAGAGACUUAAAAUAAACCAUUUGUCAGAAGAAGGAGAAACAACAAUAUAUCUCUGUCGGUAAAGUAAGGAUGUUCAUAGAACCAAGUGCCAAGCUCCAAAAUGCUAAGUACUAAAGAUAUCUAGGAUAAGAUGCUACACAAUGCUAAGUACUAAAGAUAGCUAGGAUAAGGUCUCGGUGGAAGGUCGGAGCUCAUCCUCUCAUGAGGUCUGUGUCGUGUUUCAAAUACGACGAGGCUCAUUACACACUCGUACACAACAACGGUACUAAAGAACACACGCCCCUUCCUUCCUACAACUCAUACAAUGCUUUGCCUCUGAUUCUCUCUUUAUAAUAAUAAAUAAAUAAAAUUUAUAUAGCGCUUAAUAUGGUACUCUAAGACGCUUAGAGUAUAUAGAGCCGUCUGUCCGACCCGGUCUAGAUCCUCUGAACUCUCACACUGUCCCAGGAGGGACCGACGCCGCUAGGCUCUACGCUUAAGCUAACACUAGGGGAGGGUUAAAAUAAAGACACGGCCAUAUAUGGUCGCCCUUCUUCGAGUGAUACGAUUAUCGAUACACUGGCGCCAAAUAUCAAUAUAAUAUUUUUAUUUAUUUUCAUAAUUUUUUACAAAGACGAGUAACUGAAAAACUCAGUUUGGACUGUGAAAAAAGACAGAAGUCCAGCACUUUACCUUUUAACGGUCAUUUAGUAUUCAUAGUUAGGCAAACAUCGUGAUGCAUCGUUGUAGGAUUGUCUCACAAUAUAUUGAUAUUGCUGUAGGUCGAUAUUAUUGGUAUCGUUGGCCAUGUGUCGGGUAUCGUAUCGGGAGGUAACCUGUGGUUUCCCCGCCUACCGAACCCUGUCUCUGACCCCACCAAUGCUAAUAGCUUUUACUCUGCAUAGAACAGAAGUGAGUUGGUCCACUGAAGUAUGGGUGAGCUGAGGGGACCCCCACUGGGUCUCCUGUUCCCAUGGAAACGCAAUCCAAGCUUGGCUCUCCGCCAUCUCCGUGUUGAAGGGAAAUACUUUUAAACUUGCUUGAGAGAUACGUAUUAUAUUGGAAUAAAGAAUAUGUUUUUCUCUAAACAACAA